UCUCGAAAGGAAAACAUUCACCGUAGCUGCAUGAGAAAAAAAAAUAACAGCAGUUGUCUGGUUGGCGUUUAAAUUUAUAACAAUAUCCUAUACUAUAGAGAAUACAGUUCAUUACAAUUAUAUCGUAGAGGUGGCGUCGCGAAUAAGUUUACGCUUCAACGAUGAAGAAUUUAGGAACGGCUUAAAAACUGAUUGGAUGUGUUAAAAAAAAAGCGAGAAAAAAGGAAAAAAGAUGGUCAAGCCAACCCCGAUGGAGGAAAAGCUCAAGUACUCGCUACUGCGAGACAUGACCGACAGCCAGAGUAUAUGGACCAGAAAUGAAAAACGCACUUGGUUCCUGACGCUUCUGGCCGGAACAUGCAUGUUGUACUCGACGCGAACGACCAUGCCCCUACUGGUUCCGGCUGUGGCAUCAGAACGAAAGUGGAGCAAAACGGAUUCUGGGACCGUACUGAGUUCCUUCUUCUGGGGUUACACUUUGACCCAAGUGCUCGGAGGUUACCUGAGUGACAAAUUUGGAGGACAGAAGGUAAUAUUACUGUCCGCCAUCGGCUGGUCCCUGAUUACAUUCUGGAUGCCCAACAUCAUCACAUCGGCAUCGUACCUGUCCACCUAUUCAAUUCCGUUUAUCGUCGCCGUACGGAUCGCCAACGGAGCCUGCCAGGGAGUACACUUUCCCAGCAUGAUAAGCAUCACUAGUCAAAAUCUAAGUGCAACCGAGCGGACAAGCUUCUUCAGCAUUCUGACGUCCGGAUCGGCACUGGGUACGUUGCUGACCGGCAUCCUGGGGUCAUUCAUUUUGGACUACUUCGGUUGGCCAACUGUGUUCCGGGUGAUCGGAUUCCUGGGGCUCUCGUGGACGCUGUUUCUGCGCUACUACACGAUGGCCACCGAUCGCAGCAGGAUCAUCAACCUUUCCCAACCGAGCAGAAUAUGCUCUAAACUGGGUCAUUCGGAAACCGUCCCUUGGUUGAAGCUAUUCGGUAGGACUUCCUUCUGGGCGUGCGUCCUGGCGCAUGCAUGCGAGAUGAACUGUUUCUUCGUGCUGCUAUCCUGGCUGCCGACGUAUUUCCACGAAAAUUUCCCCCAUGCUAAGGGCUGGGUGGUAAAUAUGAUUCCCUGGCUGGCACUGCCACCCGUUACCAUUCUGGGGAAAGCAUUCACCGAAGCAUUGAUCUCCCGACAAUGGCCUCUGACGAGAAUCAGGAAGCUGGUGCAGAGUUUUUGCUUCCUCGGCCAGAACGUGGCCCUGUUCACCAUGUGUCACACGGAGCAGUUCAACAUUGCCCUGGCGUGUAUGUCAAUUAUUAUCGGUCUGUCCGGAUUCCACAACAACGCCGUGACCGUCAACCCACAGGACCUGGCACCAAGCCAUUCGGGCAGCGUAUUCGGCCUGAUGAAUACCGUCGGGGCUAUUCCCGGAUUCCUAGGAGUCUACCUGGCCGGGCACAUCCUCGAGCUUACGCAAAGCUGGUCGGCCGUUUUUAGCACGGCGGCGGCCAUCAACACCGUCGGUUGGUUCGUUUUUACGAUCUUCGGAAGCGCCGAAGCGAUCGUUUAAAACUUGUGCAUCACACAGCCGGAAGACGGACGAGCAGCCGGACAGCAAAACUUAGCGAAUUUUUUUUAAUAAUUGUAUUUAUAGAUUAUCAUGGCUACAAUCUGUGACUCAUUCCUAGCUGAAAACGUACCAAAAUACUCUCGCCGCAGCGGCGUGGGGUUCGAAACCGAAUGGCUCGAACGAAAUUUGUGGGUAUAAAAUUUCCAAAAUAAAUCAUUUAAAUAUAAAGUGACCGUAAAAG